AUAUUAAUUUCGAAUAUUUCGAGUAUUUCGUCCUUUUCCGAGAGUUUUCUCUGCUUUUAAAAUCUCUUUAAAUUUUAACUUCAUCUCAUCCCUCAUCUUUUUAACGUUUUUAACAGAAAAAGGUAUUUAAUACCUUUGAAAAAAAGAAAUUUGAGAAUUAAAUCAAUUUGUAAACAUUUUUAAAAAGCCGGUUCAAACGCCGGCAAUCCGGUUCAAGCAGUUCUCGAAGCUUCUUUCGCCAUUGAUCAUGAUUUCUGUUACUGUUGGAGCAAUUCAAAAACUAUUUGCGAGGAAAUCUACAGUGGAAAUUGGAACACGUGUUUUAUCAACAAUGGCAGACGCUUUGAAAACUCACGAGGUGGUUCCCGAUGUUAUUGAUAAAGUUCCCAAUUCAGUUCUCGACGUGACAUACGCCAAUAAUCUAAAAGUUGAAAUUGGCAAGGUUCUUACACCAACGCAAGUCAAGGAUCCACCCUCUGUUAAGUGGGAUGCUGAAUCUGGAGCAUUUUAUACUUUAUGCAUGACUGAUCCCGAUGCUCCGAGUCGUAAAGAGCCAAAAUUCCGUGAAUGGCACCAUUGGCUCGUUGGAAACAUUUCUGGCAAUAAUAUUGCGAGUGGUGAAACUCUUUCUGAAUAUGUUGGAGCUGGUCCUCCAGAGGGAACAGGUCUUCAUCGUUACGUUUUUCUGAUUUACAAACAAUCGGGAAAAUUGACAUUCGACGAGAAGCGUUUGACAAAUCGAAGUGGCGACAAUCGCGGAGGAUUUGCUAUCAGAAAAUUCGCUUCCAAGUAUAAAUUGGGUGAUCCAAUUUAUGGAAAUAUGUUCCAAGCUGAAUGGGACGACUAUGUUCCGAUUCUUUAUAAACAACUUGAUGGUUAAAUUUUAUACGAAAAUGUUACAUAUAAAGACGCUUCCAAUUGUCAUCCAAAAUGUAAAUUACGUAACUUUUAACUUUGAAAGACAAUUUUAUACAGAUUUUAUGGAAAAGUUUUUUAAGAUUUCAAAUAAAUUUUUCAAUUCUUCA